UGAAACGGGACAAAAAGCCAAGGUAGUGUAAAGAAGCCAAAGCAUCCAAUCGAAACAGGUAGGAAGGGGUAGUUGAUCCGAAGCUGUGAGAUCCGGCCGGAUAGAAGUCGCUUUUCGAUCUUACCAAGUGUAGCGAUAUGGCUUCGGUCAAUAAAUUGUCAAUUAGGGGUAUUCGAUCAUUCUCUCCCGAAGAUGCGGAACAGGUCGUCGAGUUCUACUUUCCGUGCACAAUCAUUGUCGGGGCAAACGGAUGCGGAAAUCACGGGAUCGUUCCCGCCGGGCAACAAGGCCGGCCAAGCUUUUGUCCACGACCCGCGUACUAUUGGACAGCCCCAGGUCAAAGCAAAUGUCAAAUUGCGCUUUACGUCUCGUUCCGGACAGACCAUGGUGGUAGUUCGCUCUAUGGAAGUCAAUCAAAAGAAGACAGCUAUGACUUUCAAACAGCUCGACGGCGUCCUCCGUAUGAUGGAUCCGAAUACGGGGCAGCGCGUUUCACUGUCCCAUAAAUGCACCGAAUUAGACAAACAACUACCAGCACUUUUGGGUGUUUCGAAAUCUAUCUUGGAACACGUCGUCUUUUGUCAUCAGGAAGACGCAUCCUGGCCUUUAAUGGAAGGGGCAGUUUUGAAAAAGCGCUUUGACGAUAUCUUUGAUUCGACGCGAUAUACUAAAGCCUUGGAUGCCUUUCGGAAGACGGAAAAGGAAAUGACUGCCACUGUCAAGGACCUGAAAAUCGAAUUGGCUGGUUUAAACUCAAGCAAGAUCGCGGCCGACGGAUUUCGAAAGGAUUUGGUAGGUUACCAGGAAGCUUUGGAAACUUUGGAAGAAGAAAAGCAGCAAGUCGUCGAAGGCAUUGCCGAGGCCGAUCGCGACAUCCAAGUGUAUCAAGGGAUUGAAGCCAAAAUCAACAAUGUGGAUGCAAAGAUUGAUAGCCUCAAGAAUCAGCAAGCGCAGCUGGUACAGGUCCGUAUGACUCGGCAACAAAUGCUAGAAGAAGAUUUGACCAAGAAACACUCGCAGCAGGAACUGGAACAGAUGUUAGAUGACUUUGGGGGGAAAGUCUCGGAGCAACUAGAUCAGCACCAAAAAAUGCAGCAAAGAUAUGAAGGUAUGGAAAAGGAGGUAGACACUUUACGACACGAGGAAAUUCGGUUGAAUUCCCUCCUUGGAAAGCUCUCGGCCGAAAAGGAGGCCCAUGAAGGCCGCCUACUGGAGCGGUAUAAAAUGAUGGAGACCAUUGCACAAAUGUACAGCAUUGAUUUGCAUUCAGUAGAGUUUUCACAGGGUAGUAAGUCUUUGGCGGCGGCAACUCUGUCCGCAAGUCUGGCUUCUCAAAAUGCAUUCGGAAGUCAAGAUGACUUGGAUCUUGCAGCCGGUAUCACCUCGAAUGAUAUGCAUAGUUUCUACAUAGCUCUCGAGAAAAACGAAGAAGAUUUGAGUGGGAAACUCCGAGAUUUCCGUGGAGAAUCUCAAGCUAGAGACGACGCUUUGCAAAAUGAGCUUGCCACUCUUGGUGGACAAUUGUCUCUUACGUUAAGCUUUGUUCUAUGGCCCAAAGAGCGCGCCAAACUAGCAAGCAGACGGAAUGGUCUGCAAAAAGAGCUCAGCGCUAUCUCGAGUCAAGUUGCCAAACCAUCUUGGAUACGAAUGACUGAUAUCGAGGAUGCUCGCAAGCAUGCCAUAAAGUUUGCAAAAAGUCGAGACGAGGCGAAUCAGAAUCCUCGACGAAAAGAGAUUCCUACCGAAAUCCUUCAUUUACAGAGCAAGAUUGACAGUAUCAAGCGGACAAUUGACCUAGAUCAGGAAUUGCUUGAUCGUCUCCGUAGCACAGCUGAGUCCCAAAACGCCAUAAAUGUCUUGCAAGAACAAGCUCAAAAAGACUUGGACGAGUUGAACGAGUCGAUCCGCGAUCAGUCCCAAUUACUUCAAAAGUACAACUUUGCUUUCGAAGGACAUUUUGCCAAGGAAGAUGACGACAAUGGUGAGAAACUUGGAGAAGUAGUCUGUAGUCUAGUAUCAGCCAUAGGAGGAAAAUACGAAUCUUUUCGUGCGGAUCUGGAUCGGGCUAGUUGUGAUGUCUCGAAGAACGAAAAGGUUGCGUCUGAGAAGGCUGCUCUUCUAGCCAAUUCGCAGCGCGCGGCCGCAGGAGUAAGAUCCAAGCUCGACGGACUACAUACCACUAUUACAACCGCUCGAAAGCUUACUGUCGAUCUCCAACGCCACGAGCAAAGCCUUUCAUGCACAGCGCGAGGCGACGAGAACGACCCGCGCGAGAUUAUAAAGUACCUUGAGGAACGACUGGAUUCAAUAGAAGAAGAUUCGCCAUCUGAGGAGCAACCGAAGGCCAUAAAAAAAGUACUGAAGCGUCUGUAUAAGAUGUCAAAAAUUCGAGACGCUUCCGGAGAAAUAACUGCCAUCCGAUGUCCUUGUUGUCGCCAAGAUCUUGGUGGGAGAUCUGCAGAGGAUAUGAAAGCGAUGCUUGACGAAUUAAAGGUAGACCCUGCACUUACAGAGAUUGACGAGAAGGCCAUUGAGCAUUAUAAGAAUUUGAAAGAGACUUAUCAGGGAUGGAAAGAACAGGUUGAAAAGAUGUCGGAUGACCUGCGAGAUGUAAAACGUCUUGAUAAUGAGCUGAGUGAUCACACGAAAGAUGUAGAGAAAUUUGAGAAUGAGCUUGGGCGAUAUCGUAGAAUGAUUGUCGAUGAUAUAGAGCGUCGAGAUGAGGCUACUGUGGCUUUUACUGAGAUACGGGAACUGCUCGAUGUUGCAAAACGUUGGUCUACCGAUGUCGCCCGCAUUGUUGGGAAAAAGAUGCAGAUCAAUCAGAAAACUAUGGAUUUGCCCUUCAGUGGAAAUGACGGACCAAGACGCGACCUCGAAACAGUGGAGCGUGAAAUGACGAGAAACAUCAAAGAAAAAGAUACCUUGAUGCUAAAGAUUAACGAUUUGAAUAGAGAGAUGAUGAACUUAAACAACGAGGUGUCAGAUCUCGCAACGAAGGCAGCGAAUACUGACAAAGCUCUCCGCGACAAGGAGGCGAAAUAUGUCGAAUCGCAACAGGCUGCCGAACGAAAGAUGGAACUCACUCGAGUAUUGCAAGAGAUUUCGGCUGCUGAAAAAGAGAUUCAGAAAAGCAUGGGGCCUCUUCAUGAAAAGAUUAAGGUGAAAGAGGAUACGAAGCGCCAACAACGCUAUGCGACGAAUGAACAGGAGCACCAUCUCCAGGACGCUUUGAGCCAAUUUCGAAAUGACUUUAAUCAACUUCGUGAAAUUUCGCGUCAGAUUGAGGAGCACACAUCUUCCGACAAAGGUCAAAAAGAUGUCGAUGUUUCCAGCCAGAUGACCAAGGUUCUGGCACUUCGUAACAAAAUGGUCGCAGAACUUCAAGUUUUAAGGCCGGAACUAGACGGUCUCAUGACUGCCGUUAACGAUCAAGAACGACACAAAAAACAGCUUAAAGCCAACAUUGAUGUCCUCGCAGCCAACAAGCAAAUUCAGGAGCUCGAAGAAGGAAUUAAUAGUUUCCAGGAGGAGCGUGAAUCGAUUGAUGGAGCCGACACUGCUUCCGAGCGUCUUUCGAACGCAAAAAGUACCAAGGAAAAGCAAGCCUCUAUGAAGUCCCGCAUAGAAGGCCGUUGGCACGAAAUUAUAGAGCAGAUUAGGGCAGUCAAGCGGAAACUGUCGUCUCCAGACUACAAAAAUGUCGACGAGAAGUUCCGCAUCGCUCUAAUUGAUGUCGAGACAACUCAGAUCGCAUCUGAGGAUCUGAAAAAAUAUGGCAAUGCACUGGAUAAGGCAAUAUUGAAGUUUCACCACGUGAAAAUUGAUGAUAUCAACAAAAUUGUGCGCGAGCUGUGGUUGUUAACGUACAAAGGUGAAGACAUUAGUAGCAUUGAACUGGUUUCAGGGCAGGAAGCAGGCUCACGCGCUCAAAAGUCGUAUAACUAUCGAGUUGUGAUGACGAAAGGUACUUCCAAGCUUGAUAUGCGUGGGCGGUGCAGUGCUGGUCAGCGUGUUCUUGCGAGCAUUGUGAUUCGACUAGCACUGGCGGAGACCUUUUGUAUAAAUUGUGGUUGUAUCGCGUUGGAUGAACCAACCGUGAAUCUAGAUCAUCGUACCAAGAAAGGACUUGCCGUGGCUCUCGCCCAAAUCAUUGCAUCGCGUUCUCAACAACGCAACUUUCAGCUCAUUUUGAUCACGCACGACGAAGAAUUCGUCGCAAUGAUGAAGACGGAACUUUCUACUCUGACUGGAUUCUCCAUGCCAGAGAAAUAUUUUCAAGUGAGACGUGAGCUCGCCUCCGACGGCAAGUACUACUCAAAGAUUAGCGCCGUUGAUUGGGAUGAAUUGGUCUAG